GCUUACCUCAGCCGGAAAAGAGCCGCAAACCCCAAAAGUGCCGCCGAGGUCGGCUUCAUAUAUGACCCCAGGAUAUAUCCUACUUUUUCGGAUUCACUUGCUUUUUCCUCCGUCAAUCUCCACUCCUUUGAUUUAAUUACCCAGAGCUGGAAUUGGUUUUCUGGUGUGUCCUUAUAUUGUUAACCUAGUCUUCGGUUGAGAAAUUAUCUCCACUUCUCCGCGUUCCGACAUUCAUCUCGCCUCACCUUUCCCCAUCUUCUUCACUCCUCACUUUCAACAUGUCCUCCCGUAUCGGUCUUCGUUUCUUCCAGAACUCUCGUGAGGCUUUCCGCAAUGCGCAGCGUCGCUUUGGUGCUCAGUACCGCUUUCAGAGCUCGGAUGCCGCCGCCGCCGCCCAGCCGCAGAGCACUUUCCAGCGUCUAUGGAACAGCCCCAUUGGUGUUAAGACCGUGCAUUUCUGGGCCCCCGUCAUGAAGUGGGCUCUGGUCAUCGCCGGUAUUUCCGAUCUCAGCCGUCCCGCCGAGAAGCUGUCUCUUACCCAGAACGGUGCCUUGACGGCUACCGGAGCCAUCUGGACUCGCUGGUGCCUGAUUAUCAAACCCAAGAACUACCUGCUCGCCGCCGUGAACUUCUUCCUCGGAUGCGUCGGUAUUGUCCAGGUUGGCCGUAUCUACAACUACCGCCGUGGCUUGGAAGGAUCGGCAACAGAAGCCGCCAAGUCGAUGGAACACGAAGUGGUUGAUUCGGCGAAGGAGGUCGUUGUCAAGACGGAGGCAGCCGUGGAGAAGUCCGCAUAAAUUGGUUCGAUUGAUUCCGUCAGACGUGACUUUGCAAAGGAAGAGGUCCUCGCUGGGUCCAAAAUGGAAGCUGUUAACUAAGGGUAUAGAUCGUCGAUCGACGAGCUUCUAGGUCGACAUGGGUGUAUACCACUCGAUCGACAAUUUCUCGGGGAUUCUACUGGUUUAACGCAACAUGGUUGGCGUUCUCGUUUGUACAUAUUAAAUUUCCCAUUGAAGACGUUAGAUAAGCCGAAUUUAUCUAAAGAGUUUUCUUCACCUA